GGAAGAAAGAAAGAGAGCAGAUAAGUCUCUUCAGCUAAUAAGGGGACAGACGCUUCUGGCGGCUCGGCAUAUUUUCACAAAAAGGAAGGAUGCGAAAAUCCUGGCGUUUUUCUCUAGAAUCAGAAAUUAACAUCUCGAGUCCGUAAGGCUGACACCUGAAAUUUUAGGUUGCGUUUGGUCAGUUAUUAUGAAUGACUGAAAUCAGCGCAGGAAGCAAAUCCGACCGGCAGACAAGAGACCGCAAAAAUCAACACUUCAUUAUUAUUUCUGGUCCGCUGGAAUGAAUAAUGCGCUCUUACGGACUUUUGUCACCAAGCUGAAAUUUCACCGAAUGCGUCUGAUUAAUCUAUGAACGCCACCAAAUUAUAAUGGAUACAAAUACUUACCUUGUGUUAAAACUUUAUGUUGUAGGAAUCAUGGUAAACACUUUGAUGACGACGGGGCUGUCAGCAACAGAGCACAUCGACACAAGGCCCAAAAUAAGGAGCAGCAGGUGUAACGAGACGACGCUGCUAAUGGAAAUGGAGCGGUGUGGCGAUCAGUUUAAAAAGCACAUGCUGAGGGUGGAUCAAAUGAAGUGGUGCAACCUAACACAUUUUAUCAGUGAUUACAACAUCUUCUCAUACUGCACGGAGCAGAGCUCUGAAAGCAUGGGCUGCUACUGGCCCAACCCUCUAGUGGAGAGCUACAUCAUCCGCAUCCAUAAGCUGUUCUUCUCAAACUGCACUCUUGACCACAUCAUCUGGGUCGAUCCACCAGACCACAUGCUUAUCAUCCUCAUCUUUUUCCCGGUCUUCCUCACUCUGGCUAUGAUCGCACUGGUGGUGUGGUGUAGCCGGCGUAGUGACACUUUCGCCUAAUUUUUUUUUUUUUUUACCAUUUUUGGUAUAAAGACCCCAGCCUCGGGCAAACCUCCAGGAGGUACAUCAUGGUGCAAGCACCGAAAUGGCUAACGGCCCCAUGAAACUGAACUGUUUGUUCCUUCAUUAACAAACAUUGCUUCCAGAUAAUAAGGACAGACACAUGGAAGCAAAUUCACUUUCCCAAGGCCUUGCAGGAAAAGACGUCAACUCAACAGGGCCCGUCCAAAACCGGAAUGUAUUGAUGAACAUUCUGCACUGUCAAAGAAGCAAAGAAAGAACAACUGAAAAGACCAAGAGACUUUGCAUGAGGUGCCAUGGUCUGGACCAUCAGCUCGAUGGGCAUCACUUUCACGAGCCUGAUCAGCACUUAAAGUAGCUCCGUCAUGCUCUUCUGUCUGUGCAGAAUAAAUCACAUGAUAAUCCUGCAACAGGAGGACGUGAUCUUUCAACAGUAUGGGAUUUCUAUGCCAAUCCACAGAGUCAGCAUAAGGAAGAUGUAAGAUAAACAAAUAUACAACCACAGAGUGAUCAAUAUGAUAAUACUGCAAAACUGUUGUGCAAGGAUCCUCAAUUCAUUGCUAAAUGAUUUCAGAAUCGUGUACUGUUCUGUUUAAUGGUAUAAUUAAACUUCAACAUAGUCCCUGCAUCAGAUAUUGUUAAAAGGUAACACUGCUUCGUUUUGCUAGGUUUUGUUUUUAAAAAUUGAGGUGUAAGCAUUUUUUCCUGUACAGUGCAUAUUAAAAUCACCUGUGUAACAUUCCUUUUUUUCUUUGUGAAAGUACAGUGGUUGUUCUUUAUUUGAGACUGUGAACAUGCAGCGGUAACUUGCGAUAAUUCCUUGCACCAUUUAAAAAUGUUAAGCUGUUGAAUGUAACAGAAUGUUUAACAGAUGUUUCUGAAUCAGACCUACACUCAUUAAUAGAUCUAUGCUCAUUUGAAACUUACCAGAUGACCACUAAUGUGCUGUCAAAAUCAUAAUGUAAGAAUGAGAUUUGAAAUUUAUAGGGCUAUCCUAGUGUAACAUUCAAGUUAAUUAAACCAUUGACAUAAAACAUAGCCAAAUAAAUACACUGGGCCUCAUUCAAACAUAUAGUUUGAAAUAUAUGUUUUUUUAUUUCUCAAUACAUCAGAUUUUAAUAUACAGUACGUCGUAUAACUGGCUAUGCAAAAAUCAAUAGAUUAAUUUAAUAUGGUGUUUUGAAAUCAUAUUCUUCUACAAAAAAUAAAGCUAAACAUCAUUAUCAGAGAAAGAUGUGAGUGAUUCAGAGACAUUUUCGGCAUGCAGGUGCAAAGGAAUAAUUUAUUUAACCACUCUGGCAAGAUGACUUCAUGAAAAUGUCGCUUUUCGUCAGACAAAUAAGCAACUCCGCUAAAAUAUGCUGGGCUCCUGCCUCAUAUCACACCAAGAAUUAUGCAUUUCCCUCUGUUGCCACAAUUAGGGAAUGAACUAAUGUACAGGAGCCGCAAAACGGCCUGACUGAGCGAUCUUGACUAUACCCACACAUGUUGUUAUAUGGAAACACAAUACGGCUGAUGCAUUUAUAUAGUAACAGAAAGCCCCAUUUUGUAAAUGGCCUCAAGAACAAAAAGGGACAAUGGUACAUUUUGAAGAAACGGUUUACUUUAUGCCAUUCAAAAAUGACUUCUUGGAGUCGCUGAUGUUGAGCGCUGAACACCAGGAAGGAUAUGCCAUUUUUUUCCCAGAGCUGCAAAGAAUUAAAGGAAAUGGGCUCACUAUGAUAUUACCAAAAGUGGCACAGGAAUUGUAGAGAAUAGCAUACUUCCCUGCUGGUAAUUGUUAUGAGUGGGUACCAAGGUUUCAGUUCAAGCAUUUUGCCUUUAUUUCAUUCACUUUUAAUGGUUGUGCGCAGUAAUUAUAAUAAAAGGCACAAUAAUCAACUACCUAUUUUAAAA